AAAAAACAAUAGACCCUUAGAGAACGUCAAACAAAAAUAGUGAGCUUAUCAAUUUUGAGUAACUUAAAAUCGACGUAGAAUGCAACUUGUAAAUCGCAAUGGAAUGUAAAAAAUAUUAAAGUGACGAAUUCGCAAGUUUUUUGCCAAUGGAAUUAUUUUCGCUGAUGUUGUAGUUUUGGAAUAAAAAGAAAAUCAUUAAAAAAAUAACACAACGUCGUAUCGAUUAUUUCGAAGGGACAUUUUCUUGAAGAAUAAAACUUUAGUCGUAGAUAGAACACUAAAGAAGGACACUCAUCAAUGUUGUCCUCUUGGCUAAGUGCAAAGAAUGUUUUUAACAUUGCCAUUUGGAGCCGUUCGAAUGUGCGUGCUUGUCUUUUUGCUUGGAUAAUUUUCUUCUGUACCAGUUGCUGUGAUGCAACUGCAACGGACAUCGCACUUGAUGCCAAAGCAACAUUAACUCAUCGAAUUGACAGUCUUAAUCUAUUGGUCUAUACAUUUCUGUUAACACUGACUGUCCUGACAAUAUGGUUGUUUAAGCACCAUCGGGUUUCGUGGCUCCACGAGACAGGUCUGGCUGUGAUAUAUGGUUUGAUUGUUGGUGCAGCAAUACGUUAUUCAGGUUCAUCAACACCUCUUGUUCAUUUGGAAGUUGAGCCGGAAGCUGAUGCCAGGUUUAAUCAAACUCUACCACCGGAUACACUUUGGUUAAAGUUUCCAGGAAAAUUAACGCCAAAUGGAAGUGAUCCGAUUGAGAAUAAAACGUAUGCUUACGCAUUUCGUAGUCAAGUUUACGAUGUAGUGGAAAAUGAAAUCGACUUAAAAGCCACAUUUGAUCCUGAGAUAUUUUUCAAUAUAAUUCUGCCACCCAUUAUAUUCCACGCAGGAUAUAGCUUAAAAAAGAAAUAUUUUUUUCGGAAUCUUGGAGCAAUUUUAACAUUUGCCAUACUGGGCACAACAUUAUCAGCGUUCCUAAUCGGUGCACUUAUGUACGGGUUUGUGAAACUGAUGCCAACAUACUUGAGUAGCAGUUUCACAUUUCUGGACACGCUGUAUUUUGGAGCGUUGAUAUCACCAACAGAUCCACUUACAAUACUGGCCAUAUUUCAUGAUUUGAAUGUCGAUGUAAAUCUUUAUGCAUUGGUGUUUGGUGAAUCUGUUCUAAAUGACGCCGUCGCCAUUGUUUUAAGUGGAGCCAUUCAAAAUUACGGAGAACAUUAUUCAAGAACCGGAGAAUUUGAGACAUAUGCUUUCUUCAGAGCGUUAGGUGACUUUUUUGGUAUAUUUAUGUUGUCUCUGCUGAUUGGAGCUAUGAUGGGAUGUUUUACAGCAUUGUUGACUAAAUUUACUCGUGUUCGGGAUUUCCCUCUGCUUGAGUCGGCACUUUUCGUCCUAAUGUCUUACAGUACAUUUUUAAUUGCGGAAGCAUCGGAAUUAACUGGAGUCGUCGCUGUAUUGUUCUGCGGAAUUUGCCAAGCGCAUUACACCUUUAACAAUUUAUCGGAAAACUCUCGUACCAGAACCAAAGAAAUCUUCGAACUACUAAACUUCCUAGCAGAAAACUUCAUAUUCUCUUAUAUAGGGGUUUCCAUGUUUACAUUUCCCAAACAUCAUUUUGACGCAGUUUUCAUAAUAACCGGUUUCAUUUGCGCAGCCAUUGGGCGAGCUGUUAACAUUUAUCCCUUAUCCUGGCUAUUGAAUUUAAAUAGGAAACCGAAAAUUUCCUCAAACUUCCAGCAUAUGCUGUUCUUCGCUGGUCUACGUGGAGCUAUGUCGUUUGCAUUGGCGAUUCGUAACACAUUGUCAGAGGCAAGGCAAACUAUGCUAACGGCAACAUCUCUAAUAGUAAUUUUCACUGUUGUGAUACAAGGCGGUGCAGCCAAUUUUUUCCUCAAUUGGCUUCAAAUCCCAGUGGGAGUGGACGAGGAGAUUGAACAGUUGAAUAAUUAUCAAGUGCGCAGUGUCUACAACUCAAUGGAAAAUACAACAAAUGCGUCUAAUGGUUAUUUGCAGGACUGUGGUGAAAUGGAAAGCAAUUCCGUAGCGAGCAAUAGCGGCAAUGCCAGUUCCUCCAAACGAAAUGAAAAAGCUGUUCUUGCCAGACUUUGGGGAAGCUUCGAUACCAAGUACAUGAAACCAUUAUUAACGCAUUCGAGGCCAACAUUAUUGGAAACUUUACCAGUGUGCUGUAAUCCUGUUGCGCGUCUUUUAACAACGACCGAACAACUAACACAGGAUGGUGAUUUAAGACGAACAGAUUCAGACUCAGACGUCUGUAUCGAUGAUAGUGACUUAAGCCGCAAUCGAAGUGGAAGCGGAGGUGGCGGCUCUGUUACGAUGAGUACUGGGGAUCCACGCCGCAACUCUAUCAACCGUAUGGAAAUUCUGGAACACGUUCAAAGUCCUGUGUCGACACGCAUUAGACUAUUAGGGUUUUACGGCAAGAACUUAUAGAACUAUAUCUAUAAACCGAUUUGAAAACAAUUCGUUUCGUACUUUUUACUCUACGGUUUGCUAAUAUACAAGUUGUAGAGAACAAAUUUAAACUUAUAAUAAAAAGUAUAAAAUAUUUAUGUAUUUAUGGUAUUCGCAAUCGUUCGUUCCAAUGUACAUACGUAGUAUAACUCUGUAACAGUUAAGUAACCGAGUCUAAUUAAAUAAAUAUAUAUAGGUAUGUUCAUGUAAUUUCUUAAUUUAAUGCUGUAAUUUUUAUACAAUAUUGCAAUGCUGAACUUAAAUAGAGCUGAAACAUUUAUAUCUGAAAACUUGUGUAAAAAUGAUAUUUAUACGCGUCGUAAAGUAUAGCAAUUUUCAGUUCUACUCAAAUACCCCUCUUGGCUCCUUAAAUUUGAAAUAAUUUUGAAUUUGUUAUUUCUUUCAUACCAAACACCUAAUAUUGUUAUAAGCGAUUUACAUGUUAAUUUACCGCAAUUUAUAACUGUAAUUGUAAUAAACUAUAACAAAACUGGCAAAUCCUACAUUACAUUA